AUGUCGGUUGCCGCCGCCACCGCUGCCUCUCCGGAGGCUGGGCCACGGCGAUCUGUUUCCCCGUGCCCUCCACGGGGUGGCGUGGCAGCCUCGGGCGCUAGAGCAGAUAAUAUUAUGAAAACUGUUGGAGAUGACAGUGAUGGCAAUGAUGACUAUAUUAAGGUUGUGGUAAUAGAUUCUGACACAGAGUUUACUGAGAAUGGAUCUUCCGCGGAUGGCAUGUUGACUAUACAACCAAAUUUUCAAGGCAGCCAUGGAGUUGAAGGUUUAGUAGUGCAAGGUGACCAAGCAGUUUCACAAAUGAACCAUCUAGCAAAUUUCAAAAGAUAUUGUCCCAACUCAGAGGAAGUGGCGUUUAACCCAUUGCACAAAAAAGCACGAUCAUCUUUUCCAGGGGAAGAUAAUAUGGCGAGCAAUGCAUCUGAGGUUUUCUAUGCUGAAAAUCAUCAAAACCGACUUAUGGAAGUGCAACAGUGUUGCGAGGGAGAUGGCAGCCCGUCUUUACCAGUGGAAAGACAGGAAAGCUGUGUCCAGACCAGCCCUGAGGGCACAUCGCUUCAGUCAACAGCACUCCCGGAAGUGCAGCAGCUGGGCCUCUGGGAUAGUUCACUUCCCAAAAUCGUCUCUGUACAUUCGUUACAGCCGUUUUACACACCAGGCGGCCCAGUACCUGGUCUCUCUGUCCUCUCCUGCCCUGUGGGUGAAGGUGCUGAAACUACCAACAGUGUUACCUCGUCUGCCCAGCCAACUCUGGCAGUACCUACACCAGUUCUGCCACAAGGAGAACCCAGUCUGGCCAACAUCCCUGAAAUAAUGAAAUAUGCAAUUUUGCUGGGAAAUAACAGCAUAGGUCCAGACACUGUCUCGUCAUCUCUCGGCAUCCCUCCCAAUUUUGAAAUGCCAGGAAUAGGAGAAACCAGCUUUGAAUCAAUCAACAGCACUGAAUCAAUAUAUUACCCAACUUCAUUGGGAAAUGACAGUGGCCAAGAUACUGCCUCUUCAUCUGACUUCAUCCUUCCCAAUUUUGAAACAGCAGAAACCAGCCUGGAAAACAACCUUGAGAAAAUGAAUUACCCAACUUUAUUGGGAAAUGACAAUGGCCAGUGUUCUUCCUCUUCAUCUGUCAGCCUCCCACCCGGUUUUGCUGAAAAAAUUAUGCUUAUAGAAAUGCCAGGAAAAGCAGAAACCAGCCUGGAAAACAGCUCUCAGACAGUGUAUUACCCAACUUCACUGGGAAAUGACAGUGGCCCAGAUACUGCCGCUUCAUCUUGCUCCAUCCCACCCAAUUUUGAAAUGUUGGUCAAAGCACAAACUAGCCCAGAAAAGCACACUCCGAUGGUGAAUUACCCACCUUUCUUGGAAAAUGGCUGUGGUCAAGAUACUUCACCAUGUUUCUUCAUCCCUCCCAGUUUUGAAUCCAGCACAGAAAUGAGUUCUGAGACAAUGAAUUAUCCAACUUCAGUGGAAAAUGACAAUGACCGAGAUACUAAUUCAGAAUCUUUCUUCCUCACUCCUGGUUUUGCACUUUUACCUAUAGAAGUAUUGGUAAAAGUAGACAACAACGUGGAAAACAAUACUGCAACAAUGAAUUUGCCAAUUGUAUUGGAAAAUGACAAUAGCCAAGAUUCUUCCUCAUCUGCUCCCUGCCUCCCUUCCAGUUUGGGAUAUCUUGGUGAUCCAAAGAGAAAUGUCAGAAUACUUGAUACUCAUUUGACUAUUGCAAAAAAGAAGAUCAAACCUAAGCAUGCAGCCCGCUACUUGGUUCGCAUUUUGUUCUCCAAGGAAGUUCUGAUUCGCAGCUCUGUAGGUGUCACUUCCCAAGGCCGCCAACCCCUAGAUCCAAACAAAAUAGCUGCAAUGAGAGAAUAUCUGGCAACUAUUUUUCCCAACCAUGAUUUGCGUGAAUGUGGAAAAGACUGGAAAAUCUGUGUUUCCGAUAUCCAUUCUCUGAUCCGCUAUUUGUGUUUUGAAGCCAGAAAAAUGACAGUAAGUCGGACUACCAAUACAUCACAAUCUGCAGAUGCAAAUAAUAAAAGGGAUGGCGAGGGAAGUGAAAGCGGUUGCCAGUUAUCUCAGCAAACAGCUGCCUCAGAAACAAGAGAAAAUGGAAAUCCUCAGCAGAACAACAGUGCUCUCCCUGAAGGAAUGAGAGCACCUUCCACUGAUAAUUCUGCGCCAUCUGAUGAAACACUGGGAUAUCUUGGAAAUCCAUGUAGAAAUAUACAGAUGCCACGUUCGGUUCUGAAUAUGGCGAAGGAGAAGUCUCGCCCAGAGCUGUCAGCCAGAUACCUUAUUCGCAGCCUGUUCACGGACGAUGUCCUGAUCAAAAGUAACGUGUACGGCAGUCAGUCGCGGGGCAUCUGUGCCCUGAACUCUAAUAGGAUCAACGCUCUCCGAGAGUUUCUCCAAGACGUCUACCCGACUUUUGAUCUGUCAGAAACUGGAUUUGAGUGGAAGUUGUGUGUGACAGCUAUCAACAGCUGUAUCCGUAGUGUUAGACACGACUCCAGGAAGUCCGCGUCCAAAUCGCAGCCGCUUCCAGCAACGACCCCUUCAGCAGAGUCCGGGCCAAGAGAUCCUGACUUAGCUGACUGAAGUACUUGAAUGUCAGCCAGCCUAAUUUUUUUUUUUUUU